AUGGCAUCAGGAGCACAAGGACGGACCAUGCCGUCGUACACGACGUCGUAUGCGACGAUCAACCGGCUGGAGGUGGAUGUGGAGGAGUACGUGGAGAGCCACGACGGGCUGCUGCUGCUGUACCGGCGGUUCUCACCGGCGCCUUCUGCGGCCCGUGUGGCGACGGUGGUCCUCGUCCACGGCUUUGGCGAACACUCAGGCCGGUUUGCGCAUGUGGCCAAGGCGCUUGUGGCGGGCGGGGCGGUGGUGCAUGCGCUCGACUUGCGCGGGCAUGGCAUGUCUGGUGGCCCGCGCGCCGACGGGCAGUUUGACUGGCUGGUGGAGGAUCUGCGGGUCAUCCACGAGCGGGCGUACGAGGGUCUGCCGUGCUUCCUCUACGGGCACUCGAUGGGUGGUCUGCUGUGCAUCCGCUACCUGCAGACGUAUCCGCGCCUCCCGCUGGCCGGCCUCAUCGCCACCUCGCCCAUGCUUCGGCUGCAUUCGAAGAUCCCGCUGCCGGCGUGGAAGAAGGUCCUACUCGGCCUUGCCAAGCCGCUCUUUGGCGAGUUCCUCGUCGGCUCAAACAUUGAUCCGUGCUCGCUCACCUCGCGGUCGGCCGAGGUUGACAAGGUGGUCAACGACCGCCUCACCCUGCCGUUCAUGACCGUCCGCUUUGCCCACGAGAUGCUCUCGGCCGCCGACGCCGCCAUGGACGCCGCGCCGGACUUUGCCUAUCCGAUGAUUGUCCUCCACGGCGAAGACGACGUCAUCACCGACCCGACGGCCUCGGUCGAGUUUGCCUCGCUUGUCCCCGACGGCGCAGCUGCUGCCCACAUCCUGGCCAAGGGCAAGCACGAGCUGCACAACGACGACCAGUUUGGCCAGGUUCUCUCCAUCAUCCAGAGCUGGAUGGUCGAGCGGGUUGCAGCGACCCGUGCCGGUAGCGGCAGGGCGCCGCGUCGCGCGCCUGGCCCGUCGUCUGGCACGCUGAUGGCUCCGCCGACUGCUGCCGGCGUCGUCGCCGGCGCCCGCUCCGCCUCGGUGGCGUACUUUUCGCUCGCCAUGGUCUUUGUUGUCCAUUUGCUCUCGUUCCGGCUCGCCGGCAAGACCCGGGUCGGGCAUCUCGCCGCGUGGACGCUCUAUGCUUUGUGGCCGUUCUUCUUCUGGCUUCUCCUCCCGUUCCAUGGCCUCCUCCUCGCCGCCACCCGCCUCGUAUGGGCGCCGCAUCGCGCACCUUGGACCGCCCACGACACGUGGAAGACCAUGACCAUCGGUCCGCUGCACCUUGUCCGGGUCUAUGCCCGCGAGACCGCCGCGAUGUGA